UUCCAGGACUUGCUGCUGCUCCGACCCUGACCUGCGCUUCUCCACUCUGAUCCGACCUGACCUGACCUGACCUGACCUGACCUGAUCUGACCUGACCUGACCUGACCUGACCUGACCUGUAUUUCUAUGACGACAAGUGUAAAGAAGAGCUUGAGCCAAGAGGCGCUGAGGGGAAAUAUCCUACCAAACUUUUGCAAAGGUUCGCGCAAGGGGCUCCGUAGAACGAGCGACUACAAGCCGGGGGAGCGAAGGGUGAGAGAGCGGGGAAGGAGGAAACGGCGGGAACGGAGGGCCGGGGAAGGGGCAGGCGGGAGAGGAGGAGGAGGAGGAGGAGGGGGAAGCGUUGAAGAGGACAACGUGGAGAUCGAGGAGGGGGAGGAGAUGGAUAAGGAUAGUGAAGGAGGCGAAGGGGAGGAAAAGGUGGGGGAGGGGGUGGAGGAGGAGGAGGAGAAGGACGAGGGGGGUGGAAGGAGCUGAAGGAGGAGGAGGAGGAGAAGAAGGAAGAAAGGGGGGGGGGAAGGAGCUGAAGGAGGAGGAAGAGCAGGAGGAAGAGGAGGAAGAGGAGGAGGAAGAGGAGGAGGAAGUGGAAAAGAACAGCUGCUAUUGAUCCAGCCCUUGUACGUUGGAGGAAAAGCAGCAGCUGUAAUGCAAUUGAAAACAAGGAUUAGGUCGUUUCGUUUCUCCAGUCCCCACGCAGAGGAGGCAGUCUUUUCAUCGUUCUAUCCUGAAGAGAUACUAAGCGUUGAAGAUCACGACCCUUUAAAGAUUAGGGUCACGGUUAGGGUAAAUGGGUAAAUUGAAAUGAAAAUCAAUCCACCAU